GUUCAAGAAAUAUAUAAGAGAUGAUUCUCUCGCAAUAUUUUAUCUUUAUGAAUUCUCACACUGUAAUCAAACAACCUUCUGUCAGGUUAUGUGAUGAGUACUGACUCAGGAUACCCUGUUUUGUGUGGACAAACACUUUGCAUGGAUCAUAAAUUCACGAGCAACUUUCAAAGUGACUGAAAUUCGUUCAAUCGAGUGAUUGGACUAUCGUCUGUUGAUCAUUAGCAAACAUCUGAGACAGUAUCGAAGCAAAAAAAAAAGUAUUGUUUAUCGGACACUGGAUGUUGGAGGGAAUUCGAGUUGUUCUGCACUCGAGGCUGUUCGAAUAUGUAGUUAAAAGGCAUCAGAAAGUAAAUGGAGGGCGAAAUGGACAGGACAUCAAAACUCCAAAGUUUCCCCAAGUCGGUUUUUCUGAAUCCUAUGAUGUUCCACAAUUUAGAAAAUGAAUAUUGGCUUAAAAAAUGCUCUUCACACCCUGAAUACAAACUACUCAAGCCUUCUGAAGGUGAACAAUCGCGUCCUAUAAGUUCCUUUUCUCCACAAAUUUUACGGGAGUUUCAUAUUUUGUUAGCUGAAUGGAGAUCAGAAGCUCGUGAACUUGUAGCAUGUAUGAGAGAGAAAGAAAGACAAUCUAUUUUAGCUUCAGUUGGUAUUCAUACAUUUUCUGAGGAUGUUCUGUCUCAAAAAGACAAAGACAUAUCUGGUGACCUCAACACCAAAAAAAUGUCACAAAGAAAUCCUUGUACUUCUGCUGUGUCGUGGAGGAAUUCAAGCUUUGUUUCUGGUAUGCGUAAACGAAAAUCAACUCAAUUAAUUCGUGGCAAUCGAUCUUCAAAAUUCGGUCGUCUAUCCAAUUAUCCCCAGAAUUCAUCAUGGUCGCGAAAAAAUUGUUACAGUAACCCAUUACUAAAACGGCGUGAUAUAAACAAAACAUCGAUUCCAGCCGAGAAUCUGAAAAGGACCACACAUACUGAUAAUAAAUCCCAAUAUCUAGAUGAAGAUGAUGAUGAGGAAGAAGACCAGCUGACUGCUAUCGUUUCUCGUCAACGUCAAGCAUUUUCUGCGCGUGCUGCUGCUGGUCGUCCAAGCAUACGUAAAAUACAGUCAGAUCUUCAAGCCAAAUCUGGUGAUGCUGCCUUGAGCACAGUCUCUAGUGUUCCAGCGGCUAGGAGACUUUCAGCUAAAGUGUUACGCGCGUGGAAAUCUUUGGCUAAAAAGAUAAUUUGCAAGGUGGCAAGGCAACGUGGUACCAAUCGUCGAGAUAAGAUAAUCAUAGCAAAACGCGCUGCUCGUGAAUGCGCACGUUUGUUACGUCAAAAGGCAUUAAUUUCUCAAAAAGCUGCUAGAGAUUCAAUAAGUCGUGGACAUCGCCUGUCACGCGAAAUUGCAUCUAAUUGGCGUAGUUCAACUUCGAGUACAGCUAAUGGUUCUGGUCCACUUACAAUCAAUGGUGUAACUAUACCAUCGAGUUCUAAUAUUACUCAUUUCUCUUCACUUAUGGAUCUACCUGAUUAUUACACUUCUGCUCGCCAGGAAAGUGGAGGUUUGGAGUUUAAUAUGUCUAAUUCAAUGAUGGAGUCGAGUACAGCUAUACGUCGGCGAGCAGAGAAAGCUGCAGCUGAACAACGUAAAGCCGACCUGGAACUUUUGGAGGCCAGAAGGCAACAACGAAAACUGAAUUUUCUGAUUACACAAACAGAAUUAUAUGCCCAUUUUAUGGCGAAAAAGAUGGCAGAUGUCAACUCAGGUAAUUGUGAAUCUAAGGAUAUAUGUGGUCCUGAAAAUUCUGAAUCAGUAUCUGGUAAUGUGAUUCAAGAGGAAGACAGUCAAGAAAUCGAAGCUCAAAGAAUCUUACGUCGACUUGAAGAAAUGGAUGAUGAUUCUGUAGAAACAAAAACUAACGAUGAAGGGACUGAUACUGGUUCUGACAUAUCUGUUCCAUGUGAUCCCACUCAGAAUGAUCAAGAUACUGUUGGUAUAUCGACUGCAUCUACACACCGAAAAUCAUACAGUUCAAUAGCUGUAGCUGCAAAAGCUGCAGCUUGUCGGUUGGGUAUUAACGUUGAAGAAGAAUAUGAUAUUGAACAAGCGAAAUCCGAGGCUUUAAUGAAGGUCAAAGCAGCUGUUACAACUGAACGUAAUCGUGUAUCACAGUUUCAUAGUGGAACUGCAACAAAUCGUAAUUUAAACGCCCCUGUUCCCAAUAAUGCAGAUUCUAGUACAACUACACAAAUUGAAGCACCAAAGUUAUUUAAAGGUCAGUUAAAAGCUUACCAGGUUCGUGGUUUGAAUUGGCUGCUUGGCUUGUUCGAUCAAGGUAUCAAUGGGAUAUUAGCUGAUGAAAUGGGCCUAGGGAAAACUGUGCAAACAGUUGCAUUUCUUGGUUGCCUUGCGGAAAAUUACAACAUUUGGGGUCCAUUUUUAAUCGUUACUCCAGCUUCAACACUGCAUAACUGGACACAGGAAUUUGCUAAAUUCCUUCCAGCUUUUCGUCUAGUCCCUUAUUGGGGUACACCAACAGAGCGUAAAGUUCUACGCCGAUUUUGGUCGUCUACACGUUCCUCUAAUGUAGAAUCUGUUGAUGAAUCCGGUGAGAUUAAUCCUGGACAGGCUGGAACUAAAGAUUCUCAACUUCAUGUAGUUAUAACAAGUUAUCAAGUUGUUUUGCAAGAUGCGAAAUUCAUUAAUAAAACCGCAUGGUCCUACAUUGUUUUAGAUGAAGCACAUGCUAUUAAAAGUACAUCAAGCUUACGAUGGAAAAUUCUGUUAUCUUUUAAGUGUCGAAAUCGCCUUUUACUCACUGGGACUCCAAUUCAGAAUACAAUGCAAGAACUAUGGGCAUUGUUACAUUUUAUUAUGCCUACACUAUUUGAUUCACAUGAUGAAUUUGCUAAUUGGUUUUCACGUGAUAUUGAGUCUCAAGCCAGUGUUACAGCUAGAACUGGUGGUGGAGGAGGAAGCAUCACUAGUAGCAGUGGAACUGGAUCUUUAAUAACUUCAAAAUUGAAUGAAAAUCAAUUGUCACGUUUACAUUUAAUUUUAAAACCAUUCAUGUUACGUAGAACAAAAACCGAAGUUGAACAUGAAAUAUCUACUAAGACUGAGAUUAUGUUAUAUUGUCCAUUAAGUCAUCGACAACAAGUAUUAUAUGAACGAUUACGUAGUAAGAUUCGUCUUGAAGAUCUUAGCUCCAUAAUGUCUGCCAAUGGAAUAUCAGAUAAUUUUUCAUCGAAUUUAGAUAAUACUAAUGUAUUGUCAUCGUCUUCGUCAUCUACAGCUCAUUUAAUUAAUUUGGUGAUGCAACUAAGAAAAGUAUGCAAUCAUCCAGAUCUAUGGGAACGUCGUGAUGUUCGUUUCUCUUGUAUAACUGGUCAAAUUGAACCGAAUAGUUGUCGAUUCUAUAAUUCAAAUAUUAAGUAUAAUGCUUACAAUAACAAUCGUAAUCAAUAUGCAAUGUGGAAGCUUCCAAAUUUACUGUACGAAGAUGACACCUUGUCAUUGUUUAGUUGGAGAGCUAAAAGUUUGCGCAGUCUGUUUUCUGUGUGUCCAAUAUCCUUGUAUGACUGCUAUCCAAUAUGUUUAUUUACCAUUAUUGCAAAGUAUUUCUAUCUUCAUCAUCCUUGUUAUAUACAUGAGGACUUAUGGCAUCAUGACAAUGAGGAACCAGAUUUAGGACCAAGCUGUAUGGUGAAUCAAAUGAGGUCGUGUACAAAUUACCCAUCUAAAUGCUUUUCAUUCACCCGCCUAUUAGGUUUGUCUGUUAAUGAAUAUGCAAAAAUUAUUCAAACUGGGAGUUUUUCACAUUCCGAUUCUCAAUUUACUUCUCAUAACCACUCUUUACGUAUUAUAAUAAGCAACUAUUUUAAUGAAGAUAUUACAAUGAAUAAAAACGCUUCUGGAUUGUUGCAACUGAAUUCAUUUUUCCCUAUGAGUCAUAUGCGUACUUCUCGUCAUUCAGUUGCACAAUUAGUUAAUCUUCAAGAUCUUCUCCUUCGUCAAGUUGAAUGCGAAUCGUCUACCACUCUAUCUUAUGUACCAUCAGUUUUUAUUCAUUGUCCUGGAAUAAGACCUUAUAUUCCAAAUUUUGUUUCAACUGCAACAACUCACAAAGUGUUAAUUAAUCCACUUAAACCGUUUGUAAAUACGUGCAAUUAUGAUACAUCGCAUGUUUAUUCAUUAUCGUACACUGUGGCCACCCCAUUGCCUAGGAGUUUAGAACUUGUUUCACGUGCUACACGCAUUUCAGAUUCUGGCAAACUAACUACCUUAGAUAAUCUUCUUUCUGAAUUGAAAUCAAAUGGACAUCGUGUAUUAAUUUAUUCACAAAUGACACGUAUGAUUGAUAUAUUAGAGGAGUUUAUGUUAUAUCGUAAACAUGCUUAUCUACGAUUGGAUGGUUCAUCACGUUUAUCCGAUCGUAGAGAUAUGGUUGCUCAAUGGCAGACCAAUCCACGUUGGUUUGUAUUCUUAUUGUCCACCCGUGCUGGUGGCCUUGGUAUUAAUUUAACUGCAGCUGAUACAGUUAUAUUUUAUGAUUCUGACUGGAAUCCAACUGUAGAUCAACAAGCAAUGGAUCGUGCACAUCGUCUAGGUCAAACAAAACCUGUAUGUUUCUUUUUGCUUUUUUUAACUGAUCAAAAUAUCUAUACGUUUUUGUGGUUUGUUAAGUAUUUUAAACGGGCUGAAUAUUUUUUUAGAAAAUGUGUCAAAAGAUCAAUAUCUAACUUAAGGAAUACUACUUCGUGUAGAUCACUAUCACAAUAUUUAAAUGAUGGACAUUAUUUGAAGCUCAGAUAGAUUUUUUUGGUGUUGUGAAGAUCUCUAAGCUAGAUGGUGUAAUUGGGUAACUUUCACUGUUGUUCUGAACAACGUCAUCAGUGCUUGCUUUAUUAAGAAGUGUCCAUUUUAUUUAUUCUGCGAGUUUUAAAUUAAUUUGUUCCAGUGGCCUUAAUUGUAAUUGGUCAUCCCCAUAGGUGACAUUGUUCCCAAUUACUCUUUUAUUCGAGUUGACUAUUUUGUUCUGUGACGAUUCGUUGAGAUAAAAAACGUGCGAAAAAUGAAAUUAUUGAGGACUAAAUUAAGUCUUGGAUUCUUUUCAUAUAAAAAUUCCGCAAUCGAUUAAAGAAAACCAAGGUUUUCUUGAAAUGAAUGUAGUUGAUGACAGGACACUAGAUAUCAUAGAAUAUUGGCUUGAGCAAGCUAAAAAUCUCUUCUCAGAACCAUUUCACCAACUGAUUAACUAUGAAGAUAUUUGGUAUACUAAGGAAAUCCAUCCUAAUUAUUUAUGUGGUAUGUUCACCUAAUUUAAUAAUAACAAAUGCUUAGUAAACGAUGUGUCUAAAAUCAACCAGUGAGGUUUCGUCUCUGCCCGUUGCACCAAAUCAAUUAAGGAUAACAGUCGAAAUUUCGGAUUAUCAUUAUUGUUUCCCAUCCGGUCCCUUGUAACAUCACCAAUUAUAAAGAGAUGUUAUGUGUUUAUCCAUUUAUUACUCAUAAUUUCACAUUUCAGGUUACAGUUUAUAGGCUUAUUUGCAAAAAUACAGUAGAAGGUCGUAUGUUGCGUCGUGCAGAAGAGAAACGUGCCAUGCAACAAAUGGUAAUCCAAUCAGGUCAAGGAGGAUUAAACAAUUUAUUAUCAAAUGUAACAAAUUCGUCAAGUCCCUCGGAACAUAUGACUUCAUCUGAUAUGGUUUCUUUGUUACUUGAUGAUGAUGAGUUGGUAAAACGACUUCAAAUACGUAGACGAUUACAACCUCAACGUGGUCGUCCAGCUAAAAAUCAAGCAGCCAAAAGACUAAUAGCCUCUGAAACUGUUACUAAUCUUUCAAACGCAGAUCCUGAGGCACAUGUAGUUGGACAGUCAUCAUCAAGUGGUUUCAAUCCCACAAAAUCAAGUUUUCGUCCUCAGGCUGCAUCAGAUAUCAGUGCUGUUGAUGAAGAUUUGCUUGAACGAAAACGUCAAGCGGCUUGGGCUGAACAACCUCGUGGGGGCCGCAUUAAAAAGAUCCGUCCAAUGGAAUCAAUCGGGCCGGCGACUAUUUCUCUAUUUGACAGCUCUGUAACAACUUGUGAUAAUGAUAAUAAUUCUAAUAGUAAUAGUAGUAACAAUACGACAUAAAUGCUUAUUGGAAUAGGAAUUAUUUUAUCAUUAUCAGUUAUAUUCUUUUGUCGCCAUUGAUAUUUUUUCCGAAAUUCUUCUUGGUUUCAUCAUUAUCAUAAACCAGAUAAUUUCGUAAUGCAUUUCUAUAAUUUUCUGAGCAAAUAAAUGUAAAUAGAGAUAACGUACCACUUUAAUUGGUGUAUUUUCUAUUAAAAAUUCGAUGUUUUAUUUUAUAAAAAUGAAAAGGAACUUAUAAUUACAACAUAUUAUGUAUCCCAUAUUUUUUUUAGUGUACCUUCAGCCUUUUACCGAUUUUGUUAGAAUGGAAAUAAAAGCGAUACGGUCAAGAUAUGCUAUGAAUUUUACACAGUCUCUUUAAUAUGUACAUUUAGAUAACAACACUAUUGGUUUUUUUCUAUUUUUCAAUCUAUUUCAAAUAAAGAAUGAUGAUAAUAAUGGAAAACAUGAACACUUUCAAA